CUUCAAGUUUUUUACUAUUUUGCUUCAUUUUAUAGCUUAUAUCAGUGAUCCAUUUGAUGCAUUAGUGCCUGGAUGUUUUGAAGUUUCAAUCUUUGGCCUUGGUUUUAUGCUAUAGUUAUCUAUUUUUUCAUUAUCAGAGUAUUUUACUCGGUUUUCUUUGUUCUUGAGGUUAUUUUUUAUGCAUGCUGCGGAUCUCUGUGUUAAAAACAUUGAUCUGAUGUUAAUUUUAAGCACCCUUUCAUGGAAUUUGAGGGAUAAAGUAAUCAAUUAUCUAAGGUCUGUUGAACUUUUUUAUCUUUUUGUGCAUGCUUGAUUUUGAUUGAUUUCGUGUGGAAAUCUAAAUCUGUGUGUCUUAUAGUAUCGCUGAUGCAUUUGAUCUCGUCAGGCGUAUGAUAACACAUUGUUAUAGAAAGUUCUCUGAUAUGGAUUCAAUGAACAAAAUGUAACGAAGCUGUUCUGUUAUUUUAGACCUGUCUUUGGUAAAGGGGGAAGCGGAGAGUUGGGGUUCUUUGAUCGUCACAAAAAUUUUAUUUUGAUCUUCUGUCAUCUGGAUUGCUUUCCAUUUUGAUAUUAAAAUGGCUCAGAUUCACUUAUUUUCUAUGCAUGCUUGUAUUAGAACUUAUUUGUGUACAAAAAUCUAUAAAUUAGUAUUUGUGAAGUCUUCCUUUGAGGCCACGGCUUACAAAUUAUUGUGCAAAAAUCUAUAAAUUAGUAUUUGUUAAGUCUUUCUUUGAGGUCAUGGCUGACAAAUUAUUGAUUCUUUGAUUAAGAAAUCUUUUUUGCCUCCUUUUGUCUCUCUUGAAGUUCCUGCGCCUACAGGAUUCCUGGUCCUGAAUUUAUGAAUUGUGUUGUGGGUAUUUAAUCUCUUUUGUUUUUAUUAUUAUUGAUUCCAUCUGAUUAGUACCUUUAUGGGUAUGCAAGGUUAAGGAGCCUUUCCAUUGUUGAUAACUUGUUUUAAUGUGGUUCUCAGAUGUCAUUCAAAGCUCAUAAAUGUCUCAAUUCAUUUUGGAGUUUUACUGGGACCAAAGAUUUGGCUUCAUAGGGCAAUUUUCUGAUAUCUUGUUCAUUGAUACAAUUCCAUUAAAUGCUUUGUUUCCUGCGUUAAUUGGUCACAUUUUGGCGCUAUUAUUACUUAGUUUUAUGGUUUCUGCUUUUCUUGAUUUCUUAAGAUUCAAAUAUUACAGCAAGAAUUUGCCGGUCUUGUGCUUCAAGGAUUGGAAGGUUCUUAAUGAUGCUCACUAGGAGAAACAGAUCAUGUUAAAAAGGGGCAUGCUUUUUCAAUUUAAUGGCUGAUUCUGCUCCAGAGUCCCAUUGCCAAUCUGAUGCAUUGGGUCUGAGACAUACAAGCAGUUCAUUUUUCAAUCUUCCUGGUUUCUUUGUGGGAUUUGGUUCUAGAGGUUCAACAGAAUCUGACUCAGUUAGGAGCCCAACUUCUCCUCUUGAUUUCAGUUUUUUCUCAAACCUUAGCAAUCCAUUUAGCCACAAGUCCCCAAGAUCACCACCAAACCAAAAUGGCUAUCAAAAGAAAUGGGAUAGCAGUAAAGUAGGCCUCAGCAUCAUAAAUUUACUUGCUGAUGAAACCAAACCAACUAGUGAAGUUCUUAAUUCACCAAAGAGGAAGAAUAUAAUCUUUGGUUCGCAGGUGAAGACUGGUUAUUCUGUGAGAUCAAACUCUCUGCCAAGAGACUACAUGCUUUUACUGCUAUCACAAACGAAAACUCCUAACUUUGAAUUUUGUAAAUCAGAUUCUGAUGCUCUCUUUGGGAAUGAUGGAGUCCAGUCAGAACCUAAACCAUUUGAAAACUCUUCUCCAAUUAGCUUAUCCCCAAAAUCCCCUUUGAGUUCUAAAAAGUUUUGUUCAGAGAAUAGAACUACUAGUAUAACUAGUUUACCAUUGAUUACUGGCAGAGGUCUACAAACAGAUAAUCCUUUGGAAACCAAAUCAAGUUCUAUUCCAGUACCUGUUGGCUCUAGCCAAGGGUAUGUAGGUUCUCUCUCUGCGCGUGAGAUUGAGCUUUCUGAAGAUUAUACUUGCAUAAUUUCUUAUGGUCCAAACCCAAAAACAACUCACAUUUUUGGUGACUGUAUUUUAGAAUGUCACACAAAUGAGUUGUCCAAUUUUGACAAGCUAGGAAAUUUGGGGUCUGAAUUGCCUCAAGAGGCUAAUUGCCCUGAGGGUUCAACUCCUUAUCCAUCUGAUGAGUUCUUGAGCUUCUGUUAUUCUUGCAAGAAAAAGUUGGAGGGUGAUGACAUUCAUAUCUACAGAGGUGAGAAAGCUUUUUGCAGUUUUGAUUGCCGCUCUGAGGAGAUUUUUGCUGAGGAUGAAACAGAGAAAACUUGUAACAAUUCCCCCAAAAGCUCUCCUGAGUCCAGCUACCAUGAGGAUGUUUUCCUAAUGGGUAUGCCUGGUACUAUAUAAUGGGCUGAUGUUGCUUUCCUCAGGCUCUUGUGUCUCCAAGUUAAAAAAUUGGAUCAUCUGUUCUCAAAGAGCUGUUUUAUGUGUAUCUGUUUUGCAGCCAUGGAUGAUCACAAAGGUGAAUCAUUAUGUUUUCUUAUUGUGUUUCAACUUUCAUGGUAUUAAUGAGUCCUGGGUAGCAACAACAUAGGGUCUUCUUUUUUCGCAGUUGAGGCAUAAUUCAUAAAUUUUCUCAUAGAUUGUUGUUAUUUCUAUGUUUUCAAUUAGAUGGGUUGGAAGCGGCCAAGAGCCCUCGCUCAUCAGUUUUCUUUGUCAGUCAAUCAAGAGCUCAUGUAGUUGUCCUUUGAAGCUAUUGAACUCAUUAUUAACUAUAUUCAACAUUUCUCUAUCAAAUGGCAUUCUCUUGAUAUUCAGUUGACA